UGACAUCACAAUCUCCGCUCCACUCUGAAUGGCGCAUUCGAACGGAUUGGGGAACUAGACGCCGACCACUGUAGCUACUUACAAGAGCGGCUGUAUCAGUAGCGCACAUAGCGAGGAGGACAUACCUGUAUGCGCAACUAACGCCCAGUACGGGAAGGGCUUUUAAAUGCUUUUAUGUCAGAAGCCGACUGUAGGACCGACAUCAAGGAAACAAGUCGCCAGUGUGUGGGGCAAAACCACCGCUCUUUGCUGACAGGUUUUGCCCUCGGGUUGUUCACGUUUUCAACAAAACCAUUCAGAGGAAUAUUUGAUUAUCAGUAGUCUGAUCGGAGUAAACUGGACUGUUCAAGAAGAAUGUCGAAAGACGGCGCCUCAGAUGUCUACUUUACGGCGAGGAGUUGGGCGAUUGCAGCCGUAAUUGUUAUCAUGCUUCAAGUGUCGAGUGCCCAGCGUGUGCGGGUGGAGACGGAGGUGCAGGCGUUCCCAACGGAGUCCGUCCAGUUGCGCUGCAUGUUCCUCGAACCUGGAAACACCAAACUCACUCAGGUGUCAUGGAUCUACGAAGACGAAGUAGCAGAUCGGGUGAACAUCGCAGUGUUCCACCCCCAGUACGGCGAGAGCUUCCCCGACUCCCGUUUCAAGGGUCGCGUGAGGUUCACCAAGGGCAACCUGGACAACCCGUCCAUCGAGAUCAGCAAGAUGGAGAUGACGGACGAGGGCAAAUACACCUGCGAGUAUGCAACCUACCCCAGUGGGAACGAACAAGGCACCACCAACCUCGUCAUGCUGGCCAAACCCAAGAACUCCGCUGCGCCGGUCAUAGUCAGGGCCGGCUCGACAGCGGUUAUCGUCGCCCACUGUGAGGCCGCCCAGGGCAAACCGGCCGCCACCAUCACCUGGGAGUCGGAUGUGGCGGGGGGCAAGGCCAACACCACGCAGGUGCCGCAGCCCGACGGGACGGUGACGGUGAGGAGCGAGUACUGGCUGGCCCCGGCCAAAACCUACAACGACAACAACAUCAAGUGCAAGGUCACCCAGCGCACGCAGGACAGGCCUCAAGACUUCCCCAUGAAGCUCUCCAUACAAUAUCCGCCAGCUGUCACCAUCGUAGGCUAUGACGAAAACUGGUACAUAGGUCGCACCGACGCCGUCCUCGAGUGCCAGGUUGACGCCAACCCGGCGCCCAUCACUGUCGACUGGACCUCGGUGAGCGGGGUGUUGCCAGAUGCGGUGGAGGUGGCGGGCAACCAGCUGAGGGUGAAGAAGGUGGACGACAGCGUGAACACCACGUUUGUGUGCGAGGUGAAGAACGUCCUGGGAUCGGCCAAGAGCCAGCUCACCGCUGUGGUGAUCGAGAAGCGUAAGCCACCUAAAGGUAAGGCCACUGGGGCUAUCAUCGGUGGCAUCAUCGGCGCGGUCAUCUUCCUGUGUCUGAUUGGUGCACUCAUCUUCCUGUUCCGCAAACGCCAACUCAGUGCUGAGAGUGACGAUGCACCCCCGAAACACAAGCCCCCUCCUCCUGCCAAGGCUGGCAGCUCUACGGAGAUGCUGAACAAGCCCCAGGACCCAGUGACAGAGACCCAGCCACUCAGUCACAUCUACUAUGAGACCGGCGGCGAGCCCGUCACUGACCUGGAUGAUGAGGACCACGCUGGAGCCCCGGCCAACGGCAGCGGACCGGGAAUGUGGGAUGGCACGGCACUUGCUCCCGCCGACCACGACGCACCUGACGACUCCUUCCCAGAAGGCACGGAGCCCCCGCUGCCUAACAGUGCCGCGGUGGCGCGCGGCGAGAGCUUCAUGUCCGAGCCCAUGCUGGUGUAGAGCCCGCGGGCCCCCCCAACACACUGCCACCCAACCCCCCCCCCCCCCCCCCCCCCCUCCGCAAGCCCGCCAAGCACCCAUCUCGCCCAUACCCACCACAACUGUGCAGGGGCCUGCUACAGCUGCGGAUGUGUACCCCCCCCCCACCCCACCCUUCUUCUCUAGCCUCUUCUGAUGCUGUCCAACCCCUCUAUUCAGUAUUGCCAACUUCCCCACCAUUUCCACCCAGCUAAACGUGACACCAAUGCAAAAAAAACGCAGGACAGGUUGAAUGUUUAUUGCAACUUCCCUGAAGCUAAGCAUGAAUCCCUGAUGGUGCCUACAAGGCCUGUCUGUCUGGCGCGUGGCAUACGCUGAAUGCUGAGAGUUGACAAUACUGAGUACGGAUUAAUUGUCGAUAAACUGUAUAUCUUUUAACAAGGGUUUACACACACACACUGCAAAGCACACAGUCAAUUACACCUACCCAAUCAUAAGAGACCAUAAUUGCUGCCAGUUUUUAAAGUGCUCUGCAGUGUAAGAGUAUUCUAGGUGGUGAAUGUGUACAGCAUAUACUGAGAGGCAUAACAAUGCUAAGAGGUUGUUUAUCCAUGCACUCAACAUUAAGAGCUACAUAAGAGCCCUCUCUACGGACAUCAUUUGGUGAUAUCAAACUAGUAUAUGUUGUACAUUUUCACAGUUUAAAAACUAUUAUUAUUUGAGGUAUUAGAAUGUUUUGAUUUAGUCUUUUGGGUGAUGGGACAGCAUAACCAAAUUGUUUAAUUAUUUUAAGUUUCUCAGCUAAACAUGGGAGGGUGUCAAAUGAUGAGUUUUGUAAAUACUAAUAAGAAGUAAUAUAUAUUGUCAGGUACAUAUGUGCACAGAGUGAAGAAAAACACACCAACAAAAUGAAACAAAAAUAACAAUGCCAUUGUUGUAUGAAAUGAAAAAGUGUGCUUUUUAUUUUAACGGGUAUAUUCUGGUUGUAUGCUGGUGUUUUCAGUAUGGAAAUGACUUGGACUUCAAUUCUAUAUAAUAUGCAUGGCAUGAUUGAUGGGUUUUUAAAGAAAAUAACUCAAAUGUGGACGCAUCUGCUAUUGUCCAUGGGCGUUGUGGUAUCUCUUUCGUUUUGGUCUCUCCCAUCUCCGCCUCUCUACUUCUCGCUCUAUUCCUAUUGCAGUCAAAGCACAAAUGGUGGAACAAUAACAAAAAAAUAAGUUGUGGGGAACCCAAAAAAAACAAGUUGUGAGAAAUAGUACCUCCUGUCCUUGAAGAGGUUUUUCUUUUCACCCUAUCUUUCUUUCUUUUUCUUGAGGGAGCAGCAGAAUUGGCAGUGUUGACUCGUACAUCGAAUGUAACGCAUCCUCUCAUAGACACCGCAGUCAGUUAGCACGCUUUUCCACGCCAUUUUGUUUACGCCAAAGCCAACAGGUUGGAGUCGGGCUAUGUUUAGAGUGGAUACCCUCCCCUGUGUCUACCAACGGCUCAUCCAGCCAAAGUGGGGGUGAAUCCUGUUGAAGUUCAGUAUUGAUCCUGUUGAGCUGUAGCAUGCCUCUCUAUGAGCAAACGGGUCAUGGAGCGUCUGUUGUGGGAUGUACAGUCCGGGCUGCAUGAAUGUGUGUACGGGGUACAGUAGUGAUAAGAUACACAGAGGGACAGAAGCACACGUCUCCAAAACACAUAGAUAGAUAGAUGGAUGGAUGGAUUAAUGGACUGAUGGAUAGGUGAGUGGAGACCAGUGGAUGAGAUGAAUACAUCAGCAAGUAAUUCCACCGACCCAUCUCACAGAUAACUGUAGAACUAGACAGUUGACCUAUAGCACAAUUGAUAUAUCCAUCAAACGCAUGGCUUGGCAUCCCUCUCUCUCUCUUCACCAUACACGACGCACGCACACCCUAACAUUAUUUUUAAUCAAGUAUAUUUUCUCAGUGACACUUUAUUUUUUCUCCUUUCAUGGGGCUGUCGAAAAGUCUGCAUGCUGCACAGUUACCCGGGAGCUUGUAUAUAAAACGCGCUGGAUGGGUAUGUGGCUUCGAUCAACCGGCAGUAUCAGACAAUCACCGCAUUGCACACACCCCCUAAAGAUGGUCAAAGGGAAUAAGUUAUAUUUCUAUCCUUUCCCUCAUUUUGAACUGUGAUAUUCUGUUUUAAAGAUGUAGUUUUUUUUCGUUAAGAUGUACUAUAUGCUAUAUAUAAUUGUUCCACGCUGUUGAGUGUACGUUUGUGAUCCUAAAGUGGAUAAAAUGUAUUACUGUACCGAUUCCAAGAAAAUUUUCAACGACAAUCAUUUGUGACAAAGAAAAUAAUGAUUAAGGGUAUUGUCAGCUACUCGCUUUGUCUUUAUCUUGAGUUGCUUUUUUUUUAGUUGACGAAACCAUGUUAUCAGUCUUUAAUUAAAUUAAUUUCAUAGGAGUUUAAGAAGGCAUUGCUUGUCCCUGCCUCCUAUCCCAUAAGGUUUUAUGUUCAGGACAUUCUAAAACGCUUAACGUGGCUUAAUGUUCCAAAACCUAAUGUUCCAACUUUUUGACAAGUGUUGAUGACAAGAGAUGUCCGAGAGAAAUGUGGUUAUCAUUGAUCGCUUUUUCGGAACAUUAUGCUAAGUUAAGCCUUUUCACGUCAAGUGUUGUAGAAUGCCUACGUUCUGAUGCCAAAAACACAAACUGUGAUUAUUAGAUAACACCCGCCGGUAUUGCUUCUCUCCCACCUUGUCAGAUUGUGCUUACCUGCUUCAGUGUCAACAACCAAACGUGCCUUGGUCACCUUUACGUUUAGCUCUUAAAAUGACGCAUUGCAUAUUCUCUUAAAUUUUACACAAAGGUCGGAGUUACUAUGCUCAGACUGCGUGACAAAUGCCAGACACUGGAGAUCAUCGUGAUUGUAAUUUUUUACGUGUUUUAUGUUACAUUUUGCUAUGUUUAUUUCUGAUUGAUCAUUUGUUUUGUAUGCAUUUUCAAAAGAAAUAUCUGUUCUGUUUUAUUGACUGUUCAUGGUGUUGUCCAAUAAAAUGUGUAAGCUGUA